CUGCUCCUCUUCCUCUCUCUCUUCCUCACAAUCCAACUAUACUUCUCUCGUUCAUUUAUUUACCAUUUAUUUUAGUUAAAACAACUGAUUAUUCUUUUCUUUCAAGCCAAAGAGAACAGAAAAGUGGAGGCAAAUGGAAGCUGCGGUUCGCUGUCUCUAAAAGAGGAGUUGCUCCAAUUUUUAGCAUCAAUCUGCCAUAUUUAGCACCUCCGGGCUUCCCGAUUCCUCCAUCUCCGUCUGCUAUUUCUAUCGUUAUCUUUCCGUUUACAAGGAGGAGAUGGAAGAUUUGUAUAGCAUACAUCCCGGGAUCCUGCGGGGAGGAGACACGCCGGCCGUAGGGUCGGCGUCCAGCUGCCAAGGGAGCAGCGACGCGUCGGAGGUGACCGGAAGCAGCGGCGGCGUGUCGGAUCUGACGGAUCUGAUUAAAGCUCAGAUAGCUAACCAUCCUCGAUAUCCGACUCUUCUAUCCGCCUACAUCGAGUGCCGAAAGGUGGGGGCGCCGCCGGAGGUGGCGACGCUUUUGGAAGAGAUCGGGAAGGAGAGUUACUCGAGCGUGGGAGGUGGGGAGAUUGGGGCGGAUCCGGAGCUCGACGAGUUCAUGGAAUCAUACUGCCAUGUCUUGGUCCGCUACAAGGAGGAGCUCUUGAAACCCUUUGACGAGGCUGCGUCGUUUCUCAACCACAUCGAGAUGCAGCUCACCGAUCUAUGCAAAGGGCCGUCCACCGCUCCCACAGCCUCCGCUGCCACCGGGAACUCGCCUUCUGAGGAAGUGAUUGGAUCCUCUGACGAAGAACUUAGUUGCGGGGAUUUGGAGACUUUGGAAGGCCAGGAAUGUGGUUCACGCAUGGCCGACCAUGAAUUGAAGCAGAUGCUGCUGACAAAAUACAGUGGCUACCUGAGCAAUCUGCGGAAGGAAUUCUUGAAAAAGAGGAAGAAGGGGAAGCUACCAAAGGAUGCGAGGUUGACAUUAUUAGACUGGUGGAACAGCCAUUGCAGAUGGCCAUAUCCAACAGAAGAGGAGAAGGCAAAGCUAGCCGAGAAGACUGGUCUCAACCAGAAGCAAAUCAACAAUUGGUUCAUAAACCAGAGAAAGAGGCACUGGAAGCCAUCGGAGGACAUGCGCUUCGCGCUAAUGGAGGAAGUGAGUGGUGGAUCAAGCAGGACGAUGUUGUACUUUGACAGUGGUACAAUUGGUCCUUAAGCCACCCCAAUGUUCCCCUUCCUUUCUCCAUUACUGCAAGCUUGCUAUGCACUUUAUCAUGAUGUGUAUAAUGGUUGGAUUGAUGAGGCUAUAUUAGCCUUGGUGUGGUUGCCUUAGUUUGUUAGCCUCAAAUUGUGUUGAAUGUUGAUGAGGCCUGAAUACAAAGGACAUGAGAAGCUUGCAGGCAAGUUUUUCUUGUAUUCUUGUAUAUAAUGGUUAUAAUUAUUAGGUGGACUGUGGACCCAUUAAGGUUUGGCAAUGGUCAUGUGACAACUUUGGUCAAC